UCGAUCAGACGCUGGCGUUGCGUGCAUCGAUCGACACGUCGAGAUCUCGCUUUCUUCCAGCGUGAACUCUAAGUUUUUGUUUCGGGGUUUCUCUUUGUCGCGGACAGUGUGAAAUAUAAGUGACGCUUCAUUAAAGAAGCUCCGAAAAUGACGUUUGGAAAUAAUCUCGUGUUUCCUCUGCUUCUGACGAUUCUUGCCUGCGCGACAGCGGACCAACCUGCCAGAAUAGCGUGCUACUUCAGUAACUGGGCCAUUUAUCGGCCGGAUGUCGGACGCUACGCCGUGGAGGAUAUCCCAGGUGAUCUCUGCACCCACAUCAUUUACUCCUUCAUUGGCGUGAGCAACGUCACCUGGGAGGUCCUCAUCCUCGACCCAGAGCUGGACGUUGACAAGGAAAAUUUCGUAGCCUUCAACGAUCUCAGAUCCAAAUAUCCUCACUUGAAGACCUCCGUCGCAGUGGGCGGUUGGGGAGAGGGCGGGCGGAAGUACAGUGCCCUCGUUGGCGUCAAGCAGAGGCGCGACACGUUCAUCAGGAGCGUAGUCGGUGAGAUAAUCUAGAAUUUCUACCUUAAAUCUAGGUAUUAACCCUUUGCACUCGAGGUCCUUUUCGCGCGGACGAACCAGCAACUCGAGACGUUCUGCAGCAUUUUUGGUGAAUUUCUUACCUCUAACUUAAAAUAAUUAUACAUACAAUCUAAUGUAUAACACUUUUAUAUUUUAACAUUUUGUGUGUCUUUACACCUUUACGAAGAUAAUUUCUUAUAUAUUAAUGUUUGUAAUGUUUGUAAUUUUUUUUUUUUUUUUUUAAAUGAAGAUAAAAAAAUCUUGAAGGAGUAUCAUUCUACACUUCUUGAUCUCGAUAAAUCUCGAAACAUGCAAAUCGAUUUUAAAUUUCCGACAAUUUCGAAAUAUGAUCUCGAUCUCGACGAGAUCUCAACG